AAUAUGAUAACUGAACCCAUUCCUUUCAUCAACCACUCUAUUAGAUAACCAGUUCCUUCCCAUUUCUUUCCUAAACCUAAAUUUCUCACCCUUCAACCCAUUAUUUCUGGUCCUAUCCUGGAAACCUUUGCCUCUCCCUGGGGGCUGGGCAGCUUUCUGGGAUUAAACGCGGGAAACGCAGCAAACGCUGCUGAUGUGAACCGUGCUUGCUCCUGUGGCGGGAAAUUCUCGGUAUGAAAGGUAAACAAACGUCCAUAGCCUGAAAACCAUCCUAUCACGGCACUAACAACCCUUCUGACACCACGACACUGAAGGACAGGUAAUUUAUAGUACAUGGCAGAGCGAAAGGAAAGCAACAAGGAAGAGUUAUUAAGCAAGAUCAGUCAAGAAGGCCAGAAAUCAAGACAGGAAGCCUUAGUGUGCUGCUAGAGAUGAGCUUUCGGACUCAGUUCACAUCAUCAAGAAGAUUUCUUUCCAGCCACAGUCCUUUGAUGCAGAUAUCAGUUAACAAAGUAAAAGAAAACAUCAAACAGAAAAAGUGUGAAAAUAAACUUGACAGUGGUAUUGCUGAUUACAAAGCGGAAGAUAUCAUUAAUGGUAAAGAAAACAUUGAAGACUCUAAACCAGCUGAAAAAACUACGUCAAAUGAAGUGAGUGAAGACUUGUGUACGUGGGAGCAAAAGAAAAAAACGGAUAUAAAGCAGUCAGGGAAAAUUAGAGCAGCACCAGUCACAACAGAAUGCAUUGAUAAAAUGUUGAAUGAGGAGUUUGAUGAUGAAAUUAGUGACGAAGAAGAAGAUACAGAAAUCAGUCAUUCUGAAUUAGACAAAAAGUUAACAAAAAGGAAGAUGAAAAACCGAUCUUUUUCCUCUAGUGAAAGUGAUACAGAAGUAAGAAAGAAACCCAAAAUUGAACAUCUGAAGAAAUCUGAUGAAGAAAAACAUAUUCAGACUAAUAUUUCUCCUACUAAAAGGAAAAUGCAUACUUUAGAAUUGACCUCUGACAGUGAUGCUGAAUUCACACAGAAGAAAACUACUCACGAUACAAAGAAAGAGAGAGAAAAUGGAAGUAAUUCUGACAAUGAUUUAGAAUUGCCAACAAACAAAAUGAAAAGGAGAAAUGCUUCUCAAGUGGGGAAGAAAAAGAAAGUAGAACAAAAUGAUUCAGAGAGUGAUUCUGAACCAGAGCAAAAGAAAAAGACUCAAGUUAAGAAAAGAAAAAUACCUCAAAAUUCUGAUAGUGAUGAUGAACCUCUGGUAAAGAAAGUAAGUCAGAUAAAAAAGAAAACAAAUUCAGAUGUGAGUGGUUCUGAUGUCAAUAAGAAAAACAAGACAAAGAAAAGCAGUUCUGAGAAUUCCGACAGUGAUUAUGAACCACUUGCAAAGACAGCAAGUGGAAGUAAGAAAGUGGAAUCAAAUAGUGGGGAUUCUGACUGGAAUCCUAAACCCCAAAGGAAGAAAGUCUCUAGGAAUAAAGAGAGUAAGAAAUUGAAAGAUAGUGAUUCUGCCAGUGAUGAUGACAAACCCCUAGCAAGGAAAAAACACAGAGCUAAAAAGGCUGAUUCCAAAAUCAGCAGCAAACUCCUCCCAACCAAAAAAUCUCUUGUUAAAAAGAAGAAACAAGAAUCAGAUGAAAGUGACUCAGACAGUGACAGUAAACCUCUUUCAGCAAUGACUCAAAAAAAGAAAAAAGAGUCAGAUGAAAGUGACUCAGACAGUGACAGCAAACCUCUUUCAACAAAGACUCAAAAAAAGAAAAGAGAGUCAGAUAAAAGUGACUCAGACAGUGACAGCAAACUUCUUUCAACAAAUACUCAAAAAAGGAUCAAUAAAUCAGAUGAAAAUGACUCCGACAUCAAAGACACCAAACCUCUUUCAGCAAAAAGAUCUGCAGUUAAGAAGAAGAAACAAGAAUCAGAUGAAAGUGACUUAAAUAGUGACAGUAAAGUAAGCAAACCUGAUCCACCAAAAAAAUAUCCAAUUAAGAAGAAACAAGUAUCAAAUGAAAGUGACUCAGACAGUGACAGUAAACCUCUUUCUAAAAAGACACAAAAAAAGAAUAAUGAAUCAGACGAAAGUGACUCUGACAGUGACAGUAAACCCCUUUCAGCAAUGACUCAAAAAAAGAAAAAAGAGCCAAAUGAAAGUGACUCUGACAGUGACAGCAAACCACUUUCAAGAAAAACUCAAAAAAAGAAAGAAAUACCAGAUGAAAGUGACUCAAACAUCAAAGAUACCAAACCUGUUUUAGCAAAGAGAUCUCCAGUUAAGAAGAAACAAGUAUCAGAUGAAAGUGACCCUGACAGUGACAGCAAACCACUUUCAACAAAGACUAAAAAGAAGAUAAGAGAAUCAGACGGUGACUCAGACAGUGACAAUGAACCCCUUUCAGCAAAAACUGGAAAAAAAAAGGAAGAGUCAGAUAAAAGUGACUCAGACAGUGACAGUAAAGACACCAAUCCUCUCUCAGCCAAAAAGUCUCCUGUUAAAAAAAGGAAAGACGCAAGUGAAAGUGACUCAGACAGUGACAGUAAACCUCUUUCAACAAAAACCAAAAAAAAGAAAAAAGAAGAAUCAAAUGGAAGUGAUUCAGACAAUGACAGUCAACCUCUUCCAGUGAAAAAGAAGAAUAAUUCAGAGGAAAGUGAUUCAGAGACCGUCACAAAGAAGAAGGCAAGUAUUAAAGGUAAACCCUCGGCAAAGAAGACAUCACAUUCUCAGCCAAGGAAACAUUCUGACAGUGAUACAAGUUCAGACAUAGACUCGAAACCACAGGAAGAGAAAAAGUUACCAAGAGCCUGAAGAAAAAAGCGGGGAAAGAUGGUGGUGGUAAAAAGCAGAAGGUAGUCUCACCAAAGUCCAAAUCCACAUCAGUCAAGAACAAAAAGGAAGGAAGCACUAGUUCAGGCAUUGACUCUUCCCCCGACUCCGACAGUGAAGGUGCCUCAAGUAAACUCAGUAGCAAGUCUCAAAAA